AUGGAACCCGGCUUAGAACCCUACCGUCCACCUAGGGGGAUGAGUAGACUCAAGCAAGUUUCCGUGGAUCCUCUGGAAAGCAUAGGCUUACCCUCGAAAGGCGAUAACAGGCUGCUAAAUUUCAAGACGCAAGAAGAAUACUUCCGCAAAGUCGUUGACAGAUACGAACGGUGCCAUCCUCAUGGUGGCGAUAACGACACUCUCGACGGAGCAUUUGCCUCUCUUUCCAUCGAUGGGAUUUCUGAGAAUCGCUCUGAUCGGCCCAACCCCAUUUCAGAGGCAAAAGCUUCAGGGAGUGCACCUCAAGUCUCAACAGAAGACUCGAGAGAACAGUCAGUGAUAUUGAUGGCUAUGCGAAAAGUUCGUGAAGCAAUCGUAGCUUCAGCCCGCAAAGACAUGUUUGCCUUACGAGCAUAUGCUUUCUUGAUCCGCGCUACUAUACUGAUGAGACACAUGGAAUCUUACCAUCCAGCGUUGCUGCAUCUAUUACGCAAUAUACAUCCUGUAACUCCAUUGACCGCAUCUGAAUACCACGAGUUCAUGGGAUUCUAUAUACUCGACGUGUCAUGCCGGCAGAACAAUCUAGCUACAGCAUUUGAAGUGAAAUGUCGCUACAAUUAUAAGAAUGUAAGAGUUGAAGCAGUGCUCAAGGCUCUUGUUCACGAUAACUGGUAUGCGUUCUGGAAAGUGAAAACAUUGAUGAGCUGUCAUCAGCAACGGCUGUUGGAGUACAGUGAGGAAGGGAUGAGACGGCGCGCUCUAGAGUGCUUGGGGAAGAGCUACUUGAGCGUUGACCCAGGGUUUCUAGAGAGGUCGGCACAACGACGAUGGCGGGAGCUCAAGGAGAAAAGCAACGUGGAUUGGCGGCUGGAAGGGGACGUCGUUACUAUCAGACAGAUCAAACGGAAAUGA